CAAAUUUACAUCAAGGAGUUUCAGUUUAUUGAGAAAAGCCAAGAAAAAAAGACAAAGCCAAGAAAAAAGAAUUCUGGGGCUAGAUCAAUCAGAGAAACUUUGCCUCUUCUCGAUUCCUUUGGUGACAUAUAGUCAGUGAUACAAUGGUAAAUGUUUAAUGACUGGAUAUCUGGGAGAAACACCUGGACUUCUAAGGUCUUCCAAUUUAUAUGGUAUAAGUAGUCCCUUUAUGGCUGAUUUCAAGGUGCCAAUAUUGUGUCCGGAAUUGGUGGGUUCUUGGUCUCACUGACUUCACGAAUGAAGCUGCGGACCCUCGCGGUGAGUGUUACAGCUCUUAAGGUGGCGCGUCUGGAGUCUGUCCCUUCUGAUGUUCAGAUGUGUUUGGAGUUUUUUCCUUCUGGUGGGUUCAUGGUCUCGCUGGGCUCAGGAGUGAAGCUGCAGAUCUUCGCGGUGAGUGUUACAGCUCAUAAAAGCCGCAUGGACCCAAAGAGUCAGCAGUAGCAAGAUUUAUUGCAAAGAGCGAAAGAACAAAGCUUCCACAGUGUGGAAGAGGACCCCAGCGGGUUGCCACUGCUGGCUGAGGCAGCCUGCUUUUAUUCUCUUAUCUGGCCCCACCCACAUCCUGCUGAUUGGUAGAGCCCAGCAGCCUGUUUUGACAGGGCCGUGAUUGGUGCGUUUACAAUCCCUGAGCUAGAUACAAAAGUUCUCCACCUCCCCAUCAGAUUAGUUAGAUACAGAGUUUCCACACACAGGUUCUCCAAGGCCUCCCCAGAGCAGCUAGAUACAGAGUGUCUAUUGGUGCACUCACAAACCUUGAGCUAAACACAGGGUGCUGAUUGGUGUGUUUACAAACCUUGAGCUAGAUACAGAGUGCUGAUUGGUGUUUUUACAAUCCCUGAGCUAGACAUAAAGGUUCUCCAAGGCCCCACCAGAGCAGCUAGAUACAGAGUGUCGAUUGGUGCACUCACAAACCUUGAGCUAAACACAGGGUGCUGAUUGGUGUAUUUACAAUCCCUGAGCUAGACAUAAAGACUCUCUAUGUCCCCAUCAGACUCAGGACCCCAGCUGGCUUCACCUAGUGGAUCCUGCACCGGGGCUGCAGGUGGAGCUGCCUGCCAGUCCGCGCCGUGCGCUCGCACUCCUCAGCCAUUGGGUGGUUGAUGGGACUGGGCGCCGUGGAGCAGGGGGUGGUGCUCGUCGGGGAUGCUCGGGUGGCACAGGAGCCCAUGGAGUGGAUGGGAGGCUCAGGCAUGGCGGGCUGCAGGUCCCGAGCCCUGCCCCGCGGGAAGGCAGCUAAGGCCCGGCGAGAAAUCGAGCACAGCGCCGGUGGGCCGGCACUGCUAGGGGACCCAGUACACCCUCUGUAGCCACUGGCCCGGGUGCCAAGUCCCUCACUGCCCGGGGCUGGCAGGGCCGGCCGGCUGCUCCGAGUGCAGGCCCGCCAAGCCCAUGCCCACCCGGAACUCCAGCUGGCCCACUGUCACCUCUCAAUAUGACGCCACUAAACAUGGAGUUGAUAACAGGUGUGCAGUAGCUCAACAUUAUAUAGUAUUUCUACCAUACAGAUACAGUAGUAGACAGAGCUUGAUGAAUAUAGAACAAAUUUGCCUCAGACAAUAGCUUUUUGUUUUUAGAUAGUUUCUUUAAGGGUGAAAACAUUUAACCAGGCUCUCUUGAAGCCCUGCUGCCUGGGGGAAGUCAUUUGAUUUUUGCUAGUCUGUAUGCAUUGUUUAUGUACAGACUUUAUGGUUUUGUUCUCAAAGGCAUCUCCUCCUACCCCGAGCCUCACACUACUGGGGUUUCGUUUGUUUUAAAUCUUGGUUUGAGGGGGCACUCUCUCCAGAAAGUAAAAGACAACGGAUCUGGCUCCAGUCCAGGACGGAAAGCAUAACGCUUGAUUUCUGGAUGGGGUUUGCACAAGGACAGCACGUGAGUUCUGCUCUCCGUGGGACUCAGACCGGAUAGGCCGUGAAAAUCUCUAAGGUGUCAGUCCACGCAACCUAACCUGGCAAAGGGAAUGCUUUGCAAACUCUCCAGACUCAGGCCCCAGAACAGAACUCGGCCUACCAGAUCCAGGGAGGCAAAGCACGCAGGCACAGACAGAGUAGCGGGCAGCAGAAGGCAGGCGGGACGGGCGCGCGCACUCGGCGGCCAGGCGAGGCGGGAGCGCGCCCUGGGGGGCGGGCACUGAAGCUGCUGCUUGCGGUUCAGCGGGUCCUAGGGCGCCGGGCGCUCGGGCCUCGGCCAUGGCUCACAGGCCGAAAAGGACUUUUCGGCAGCGCGCGGCCGAUUCCAGCGACAGCGAUGGCGCCGAGGAGUCGCCUGCUGAGCCUGGGGCGCCGAGGGAACUUCCGGUCCCGGGUUCUGCGGAGGAAGGGCCGCUCUCUGGAGGAGGCCGCGCGCAGGUGGCGGGACGGCCCCACCGGGUUCGGGGCCCUCGUGGCCGGGGCCGGGUCUGGGCGAGCUCCCGGCGCGCCACGAAAGCGGCUCCCCGCGCGGACGAAGGCUCAGAAUCCAGAACCCUUGAGGUGUCCACAGAUGAAGAGGAUGAAAUACAUCACUCCUCAGAAAGUAAGGAUGAUCAAGGUUUGUCUUCUGACAGCUCUAGCUCUCUUGGAGAAAAAGAACUUUCAUCAACAGUUAAGAUCCCAGAUGCAGCUUUUAUUCAGGCAGCCCGCAGAAAACGUGAAUUGGCCAGGGCCCAAGAUGACUAUAUUUCUUUGGAUGUACAACAUACCUCCUCCAUCUCUGGUAUGAAGAGAGAGAGCGAAGAUGACCCUGAGAGUGAGCCUGAUGACCAUGAAAAGAGAAUACCAUUUACUCUAAGACCUCAAACACUUAGACAAAGGAUGGCUGAGGAAUCAAUAAGCAGAAAUGAAGAAACAAGUGAAGAAAGUCAGGAAGAUGAAAAGCAAGAUACUUGGGAACAACAGCAAAUGAGGAAAGCAGUUAAAAUCAUAGAGGAAAGAGACAUAGAUCUUUCCUGUGGCAGUGGAUCUUCAAAAGUGAAGAAAUUUGAUACUUCCAUUUCAUUUCCACCAGUAAAUUUAGAAAUUAUAAAGAAGCAAUUAAAUACUAGAUUAAUAUUACUACAGGAAACUCACCGCUCACACCUGAGGGAGUAUGAAAAAUAUGUACAAGAUGUCAAAAGCUCCAAGAGUACCAUCCAGAACCUAGAGAGUUCAUCAAAUCAAGCUCUAAAUUGUAAAUUCUAUAAAAGCAUGAAAAUUUAUGUGGAAAAUUUAAUUGACUGCCUUAAUGAAAAGAUUAUCAACAUCCAAGAAAUAGAAUCAUCCAUGCAUGCACUCCUUUUAAAACAAGCUAUGACCUUUAUGAAACGCAGGCAAGAUGAAUUAAAACAUGAAUCAACGUAUUUACAACAGUUAUCACGCAAAGAUGAGACAUCCACAAGUGGAAACUUCGCAGUAGAUGAAAAAACUCAGUGGAUUUUAGAAGAGAUUGAAUCUCGAAGGACAAAAAGAAGACAAGCAAGGGUGCUUUCUGGGAAUUGUAACCAUCAGGAAGGAACAUCUAGUGAUGAUGAACUGCCUUCAGCAGAGAUGAUUGACUUCCAAAAAAGCCAAGGUGACAUUUUACAGAAACAGAAGAAAGUUUUUGAAGAUGUGCAAGAUGAUUUUUGUAACAUCCAGAAUAUUUUGUUGAAAUUUCAGCAAUGGCGAGAAAAGUUUCCUGACUCCUAUUAUGAAGCUUUCAUUAGUUUAUGCAUACCAAAGCUUUUAAAUCCCCUAAUACGAGUUCAGUUGAUUGAUUGGAAUCCGCUUAAGUUGGAAUCCACAGGUUUAAAAGAGAUGCCAUGGUUCAAAUCUGUAGAAGAAUUUAUGGAUAACAGUGUAGAAGAUUCAAAGAAGGAAAGUAGUUCAGAUAAAAAAGUCUUGUCUGCGAUCAUCAACAAAACAAUUAUUCCCCGACUUACAGACUUUGUAGAAUUCCUUUGGGAUCCUUUGUCAACCUCACAGACAACAAGUUUAAUAACACAUUGCAGAGUGAUUCUUGAAGAACAUUCCACUUGUGAAAAUGAAGUUAGUAAAAGCAAACAGGAUUUACUUAAAUCCAUUGUUUCAAGAAUGAAAAAGGCAGUAGAAGAUGAUGUUUUUAUUCCUCUGUAUCCAAAGAGUGCUGUAGAAAACAAAACAUCACCUCAUUCAAAGUUCCAAGAAAGACAGUUCUGGUCAGGCCUAAAGCUCUUCCGCAAUAUUCUUCUUUGGAAUGGACUCCUUACAGAUGACACCUUGCAAGAACUAGGACUAGGGAAGCUGCUAAAUCGUUACCUUAUUAUAGCACUUCUCAAUGCCACACCUGGGCCAGAUGUGGUUAAGAAGUGCAACCAGGUAGCAGCAUGUCUACCAGAAAAAUGGUUUGAAAAUUCUGCCAUGAGGACAUCUAUUCCACAGCUAGAAAACUUCAUUCAGUUUUUAUUGCAGUCUGCACAUAAAUUAUCUAGAAGUGAAUUCAGGGAUGAAGUCGAAGAAAUAAUUCUUAUUUUGGUGAAAAUAAAAGCUUUGAAUCAAGCAGAAUCCUUCAUAGGAGAGCAUCACCUAGACCAUCUUAAAUCACUAAUUAAAGAAGAUUGAAUAAACUUUAUUGGAAAAUGCUAAAAUUUUAAUAUAGUUACACUCAGUUCCUUUGUUUGAGAAGAAGCUGGUGCCUCUCUCUUCUUUAUUCCCUGUAAUAGAAGGUAGGAUUUGAAAAAAAGCAAGACUCCACCUCUGUAUUCCCCCCGUGCUUUACCUUCUGGCAUCAUGAAAAGCUGCCAUGAUUCUGUGGUAUUCUAAGGAAUUAAAUGCACUGGAGCUUUAAGAGCUCAACGUGUUUCCCUUUGA